UAUGUCAGUACAGUGAUAAUUUGGUGAUUAAUUAGACGUUUAAUUAAUUAAAAGAAAUGCUUGCCAUACUUUAAUAAAAUUAUUGGUAAUUUUAUUUUGUAUAUUAUUUCAUUAUUUUUCGUAUUGAAUAUAUUGGAAUCAUAAAAUGAGAUGGAACACAAUAAUAAAUCCAAGGAAUCGGCGUGGCAGUCAUGUCAUUACUGUUCCUUGGAACAUUUUAAAACUGUCCAAGAAUUUACAAGACAUUUACGUGAAAGACAUUGUACUAAAGAAGGUGGAUCAUAUGUUUGUCGAUACGGUUACAACGGCGUCUGUAACUCAUUGCCUUUAGAUGGUGUAAGUGAUAGAGACUAUGAAAGUCAUGUUAAUAGACAUCACGUCUCAAAAAUGUCGAGUGCAGAACAUUGGUCUGUAUAUUCAGCAGCACAAAAUUUACCUGCUGUAUUAAACGAUCCAGGACGUGGCAAACAAUACAAUUUUUUCACAAAAACAUGGGGUGAUGGUUUUGUGGAAAGAGCUGAAAUAGCAAAAAGUUACUAUCUACCUGAUAUAAAUUAUAGUCAUUUUGAAUCAUAUUUAAGGAAAGUAUCCAGAAAAUAUCGAAAGCAUCACCGAAUAUCACAAAGCCAUUCAAAUACUGAAUCCAUUAAAAUAGCCUCGCGAAUAUCGUCAUUGCAGUUAAAAGAAAAUGAUAUAAAUACCAUUCCAGCUAUAUUUUUAAAACCUAGCCUUCCAUUGAACGAUGCAGGAACAUUUAACGCUGUGUUUCCGUGUGUGGGUAAUGAAACGAAUAUUUCUUCACGGGAACAGCAAAGUGGACGAUUAUUGCAAGAGAAACUAAGUCAUUAUUUAGAUAUAGUUGAAGUGAAAAUUGCGGAACAAGUAUCACAAAAAAGCUCAGCUUUUUUCCAUGCGAUGACAUCACACGAUACAAUAAUGGAACAAAUGAGUUGUGCUACUGUGGAAGUUAAAAAUUUACGUAGCAAAGUACAACAAUUGGAUCAAAAUUUUGCCAAAAAUCCUUUAAAAAUUUUAGCAUUAGCACGAUCUAGAGCAAAUUAUUCGAAUCUUUUAGGAAAAUUACGUUUAAUGGCAACAGUUUUACAAACUCAACCAACUUUACAAUUAUUGUUGAGUGCGCCAGACUAUGUUGCAGCUUUGGAGCUAAUUGUUGGAACCCAAGACGUUUUAACCAGAGAAUUAGCCGGUGUCACUAGUUUACGUCAUUUACCAUCACAACUUGAUGAAAUGUCGCGCUUAAUUGAUAAAAUGUUAAACACAGAAUUUGAACGAUAUGCUGCAGCCGAUUUACAUCGUCCAUUUACUUCAGAUUCUAAAAUUUUAGAUCCGGAUCGAUUAACUAGUCUUGUAGCAGGUUUGCUACGCCAAGUAAAUUUACACUUUUUAGAAGUUUAUAAACACGAAGCUGUUACUGCAGCUCAAGCAAUUUUAAAACAAUUAUUAAUUGAAAAUUUAGCUGAUAAUGAAACUGUAGCGGAUUUAUGUUUUACUGGUUCCGCGGAAACUACUCCAUCAAUGUCACCUUCACAAUGGCUUCAAUUAUUGUUUCAAGCAACGGAUGCACUGAGUAAAUUAAUUUUAAGAGUUAAAGCUGUACAUGAUGUAAUUAAAAAAACAGCGGAUUUGAGUGCGGGGCGAAUAAAAAAUGAAGAAUCUGACUCGUUUUUGAGUCUUGAGGACUAUGCUAGAGUUGAGGUGAAAUUACAUAGUUUAUUAACUUCGAUAUGUGAUUAUUGUCAUGAAAGAUGUGCAAGUUUGAUCUCAUCACAAACUGAUAAAAAUUGUGCAAUGAAUGCAACUCAAAUAAUUGAAUUAUCGGAUCGCGUGGAUGAAUUUACUUUGCUGUGUGAAGAUGUGUGUGGACGUUCAAGUCCUGGUUUAAAAGUUGCUUUUAAAUCACAAGCCGGUCGUUAUGUACAUAAAUUUCAUAAUCAACGAAAAUCAAAACUUUCCCUUUUAUUAGAUAGCGAACGUUGGCGAAGCGCUGAUGUACCUCCUGAAUUCCAAGCUCUAUUAGAACAAUUAAAAACCCGUAAUUUUUGUGCGGAUUUAUCUCCAGUUUCUAAUAAAGAGAUUAAUUUUAGUAGUGGAGCAGCGUCAGCGUUGAAAGUUGGAGAUGAAUCGUUUGUGGUCGUCGGAACAGUAUUAAUGUUAUUACGAUUUAUUGGUGAAUAUUGCACAUGUGCACAACAAUUACCUUCAAUGGCUGUUUCUGUUGGGAAAAAUUUAGCGGAUUUAUUACAAAUGUUCAAUUCUAAAACUUGUCAACUGGUUUUGGGUGCAGGUGCAUUUCAAACUGCUGGCUUGAAAACAAUUACUAGUACCAAUUUAGCGCUAGCAUCGAGGGCAUUGCAAUUGGUUUUAUGGUUUUUACCACAUAUAAAACAACAUUUUGCAGAUCUUAAGGCUGAUAUCACAAAAUUAGGUUUAGAUAUUGUGGAAGAACGGGUCAAUCAUCAUAUACAACAGUUAAAAGCCAAAAUUUUAUCAAUAGUGAACAGUGUGGUCAGUACAUUGUUAAAUGAUUGGACUGCCAGACCACCAGUCCCGUCACAAUCAUUUCGAAAUAUAUCCAAACAAUUUGUUAAGUUACAUGAAGCAGUUGGCGAAAUCUUACCUCAAGAUCAGGUACAAAGUAUUUAUAGCAUAGUUCAUUCAACAUUUAAGGAAUGUCUUCGGGAACAAAUCGUAAAAAUGAAUAUUGUAAACAAUGGUGGACCUCAACAUGGUGUAGUUACAUCAGAAUUAACAUUUUAUUUAGAAACAUUACGAACGUUAAAAGUGUUACCGGAAAAGGAAAUAUCUGACAAGUCCCUAGAUGAUAUCUGGAUUAAAUAAAUAAAGUUUUUAUAAUAUUA